CUCACAUUCUCACAUCCCCACCUUUUAAUGCCUGAGGAUACUACUUCACUAUACCACACACAGGAGUACAACUUUGACCUAAUAAGAUUAUCCUUUGAGUAUGCUGACAGAAAUGGAGACGAUGGCUUAUGCUACCGAGAUCAAGCCUAGUGGAGGCAGGGGGGUCUGGAGUGGAGUGGCUCCUUCCUCCUGCCAUGAGGUUGACCUGGAAGUCAUCGAGGAGUACCUAAAGGAGCAUUCGCUGGAGGUCCAGCCUGCACAUACACCUGUAUCACCUCUGACCCCCAUGGGACAACACAUACACUCCAACCAGGACACCACGAUUAUACAGAACAUCUGGUCAGGUCAGCAUGCUUAUGAGUGGUACUGCGGUUCUCACAGUGAGGAAUACAGAGAUCAGCCUCCAGCCUGUUCUAGUCCCCAUGACAACCAAUGGGGACACAUGCCAUAUUCCAAUAAGGCACCUGCAUACAUUGACUCAGAUUCACAAUCUAGCAGCUCCCAGUACCAGGAUUCACCAUCACCUUCCUCUGACAUAGGAAGCAGGAAGGACAGAGACUCCUUGUCUCUUGCACCACUGUCAGGUAAGAGGAAGGAGCGGCUAUUCCAGUUCCUGUUUGAGAUGCUGCAGACGCCAUCAAUGCGGAGCUGCAUCUGGUGGGUCCAGUCCUCCUUCGGCACCUUUCAGUUCUCCUCCCAAAACAAGGAGAGCCUGGCACAGCUGUGGGGCCGGCGAAAGGGGAAUCGCAAGACCAUGACGUACCAGAAGAUGGCUCGAGCUCUAAGGAACUACUCUCGCACAGGCGAGAUUCACAAAGUUAAAAGGAAGCUCACCUAUCGCUUUGAUGAAAAGACACUAAAAGGUCUACAAGGCGACUCGACUACAGAGUAGAAAGCAGAAUGUAUAUUAGCAUAGAAAUAGCAUGAGCACAAAGGAUGUUCAGGGAAAUCACUCUGGGUAUCCCAUGAAUGUCUUUUCUGCUGAUUAUAGUUCUGUGGCAUUUUUCAGUUACAAAUGAAUACUGAGUAUUUGAAAAGCCAGAAAAGGAUACACUGUAGCUCAGAGUUUGUGGUACAUACAGAACCAUAUUGUGGUUGAUGUGAGGGAUGAACUGGAACUGACGAUGCUGAUGCAAAGAUGCAAACUUCAGGUACAGGCAAGCUGAGAGAGGUCAUCUGGCUUUUAACAAGUAAAU